GCACUUCAUUCCUAGUAAUGUCAUGCUGCAAUCCCUUAAUGCGAUGUGACAAAUCCAAAACAAAUAAAUUGGAAGAGCAGGAGAUCGAGGAGUUCUGCAAUCUCCUGAUGCAAAGACCAGAGUUGGAGGAAAUCUUUCAACGUUUCUUGGGAAGGGAACAGUGGCUGACUGUUGGUGAGAUGGAAAAUUUCUUAAAGGAACAGAAGGAGAUGGUUACAAAGGAAAUGUGUUUGAGCAUCAUGCAGAAAUACGGACUUAAUGAUAAUGCCAAGCAGAACCAGCUCUUAACCCAAGAAGGCUUCUUGAUGUACCUGCUGUCUCCUGAUGGGGACGUGUUUAACUCCAGCCAUGACCAGGUUUUCCAAGACAUGACCCAGCCACUCAGCCACUACUUCAUUUCUACUUCCCAUAACACCUAUCUGAUGGAGGACCAGCUGGGAGGACCAAGUAGUACUGAGGCCUACAUUAGAGCUCUCCUGAGGGGCUGUCGCUGUGUGGAGUUGGACUGCUGGGAGGGGCCAAAUGGGGAGCCAAUGAUCUAUCACGGAUACACCUUCACCUCAAAAAUCCUCUUCAAAGAUGUCAUCACAACCAUCCGGGAUUAUGCUUUCAUGGUUUCUCUGUAUCCUGUUAUUCUAUCCCUGGAGAAUCACUGUGGUGUGGAACAGCAAAUAGUCAUGGCCCGGCACUUAAAGGAGAUCCUUGGUGACAUGCUGGUAACUGCACCGAUUGGCGACAAAGUCCCGAAUGAGCUUCCAUCGCCCGAGAAACUCAAGAGGAAGAUUUUAAUAAAGGGGAAGAAAUUACAGAACUCCGGGCCCACAUCAGACCAGCAGGAGGAAACGGCAGAUGAAUAUGAAGAAGAGAACAUGAAAAAUGAAAAGAAGAGCAAAAAGAAACUGACGAGCGAGUUGUCCGACCUGGUGAUUUACUGUCAGAGUACUCACUUCCACAGCUUUGAACAAACUUGGAGCAGGCAAGUUGCCCAUGAGACAUCCUCAUUUGCCGAAACCAAGGCCAAGAAACUGAUUGCAGAGAACGGGUCCACUUUCAUCAUUCACAACACUUUGCAGCUCUCCAAGGUCUAUCCAUUGGGGUCCCGGGUCGAUUCUUCCAACUUCAACCCUCAAGAGAUGUGGAAUGGUGGUUGUCAACUAGUGGCCUUGAAUUUCCAGAAGCCCGGAAUGGAGAUGGAUCUAAACAAAGGGAAGUUUCGACAGAAUGGCCGCUCAGGAUACAUCCUGAAACCCGGUUUCAUGAGGGACAGGUCCCUUCAGUUUGACCCUUCACGGCCUGUCCCAGGAUCAGGUCUCAGCAGGAAGCAGCUGACCAUCAAUAUUAUUACAGCACAGCAGCUCCCUAAAGUGAAUAAGGAUAAAAAGAAUUCCAUUGUGGACCCCCUGGUGCGUGUGGAGGUUUACGGUGUUCCUGAUGAUAAUGCCACACAAAAGACCAGCCAUGUUGAGAAUAACGGAUUUAAUCCGGUGUGGAAUGAAGUGCUCCGGUUUACAAUCAGUGUUCCCGAGCUCGCUCUUAUCCGAUUUGUGGUUGAAGAUUAUGAUGCAACCAGCAGCAAUGACUUCAUUGGGCAGUUUACGCUCCCGUUCACUAGUGUGAAAGAAGGCUAUCGACACAUCCACUUACUGUCCAGGGAUGCGGCCCCUCUCUCACCAGCAACUCUCUUUGUCCAGAUCAGGAUUAAGAGUGUAUAGUGCAGAGUGAGCAGGGACACACUCACGUUCUGACUGUGUGACAUGAACUAUAACCAGUGCCAACCACAGCAAGACAGGGGGAAGUGCAGCUGAAGACUGGAGACUGGAAUAGAAAUGUUAUUGUUGCCUUCCUAUCAAUGGGCCCUGUGUCCAGUAAUACUGUUUCGGUUUUUUAAAAGGUUAACACGACUGAGCUCCAUGUUUUAAAUUCGGUGCACAUUGGUAGAUUAGAAUAUUGGGUAGUGUAUUUUUACAGAAUUAUUUUUACAUUGAUGAUGCAGAGCUUGAAAUCUCCCCUGAUUUUCUACAAUAACAUUUUUGUCUUUGUUCAGGAACUUGAAACAUAGGGUUAUAUAACACCUUUAGUAUGCCACUGAACAUCAAAGGAAGGGGUUAGGGAGGAUUAGGAUGGUAUAUUUUAAGGUUGAGCACAGAGAGAGCAGAAGGCAAGACCAUAGGCUAAUCAGCAAACAUUGAACUGUGAAGUUGGAGGACAUGGCAUUGAGUGUGGAGUAGAGGGAAGGGCAUGAAAUGUAGAGGGAACAUAGGAACAGGAGGAGGCCAUUUAGCCCCUCGAGCCUAUUCUGUCAUUCAGUGUGGUCAUGUCUGAGAGUGGUCUAACUCCAUAUACCCACCUGAGCUCCAUAUCCCUAAAUAUCUUUGGUUAACAAAAACCUACCAAGCUCAGGUUUAAAAUUAACGAUUGAUCUAGCAUCAAUUGCCAGUUUUGGAACAAAAUUCUAAACUUCUACCAUUCUGUGUGUGUUGAGGAGUGUUUCCAAAUUUCAGUCCUAAAAGGUCUGGCUAUCAUUUUUAAACUCUGACCCCUAGUCCUAGGCUCCCCAACCAGCAGAAAUAGUUUCUCUGUAACUACCCUAUCAGUCCCGUUAAUAUCUUUAAAACGUCAAUGAAAUUCCCCCCUUAACCCUCCAAAUUCCAAGGAAUCUAACCCUGCUUUGCAUAAUCCCUGCUCAUAGUUUAAUCUUUGCAAUCCAAAUAUCAUUCUGGUAAAUUUAAUCCCCGCUCUUACAAAAGCCAGUAUAUCCUUCCUAAAAUGAGAUGUCCACAACUGCUUCCAGUGCCUCCAGGUGUGGCCUAACCAGGGAUUUGUGUAGCUGAACCAAUCUUCUACCCCGUUGUAUUCUAGUCCUCGAAUUAGCGAGGCUAGCAUUCCAUUAAUUGUUUGGAUUAUUUUCUGUACCUGUUCAUGGUAUUUUAAUGAUCUGUGUACAUGGAAGGCCCAAGUCGCUUUGAACCUCCACUGUUUCUAGCUUUUCAUCAUUUAGUAAGUGCCCUGCUCAAUCCUUUUUAGGCCCAAAGUACAUUUUCCUGUAUUAAAAUUCAUUUGCCACAGUUUUGUUCAUUCACUUAAUCUAUCAAUAUCUCUUUGGAAUUUUAUGCUUUCAUCUACACUGCUCACAAUGCCACUCCCAUUUGUGCCAUUGGCAAACUUAGUUAUGUGGUUUUGUAUCCCAUCAUCUAUUAAAUAUAGUGAAUAAUUGAGGCCCCCACCCAGAUUCUUGUAGGACAUCACUAGUCAUACUCUACCUUUAGAGUAUCUGCCCAUUAUCCCUACUCUGUCUCCUGCUAAUCAGCCAAUUACCUAACCAGGUUCAAUACUUUGCCUUCAAUCUCAUGUGCUCCAACUUUAGCAAACAGUCUUUAAUCAGGGACUUUAUCAAGUGCCUUUUGCAAGUCUAUCCAUAGACAUUUCCCUAUCCAUUGCUUUAUUCGCCUCUUCAAUCAGAUUCAUCAGGCAUGAUCUACCCUUUACAAAUCCAUGCUGGCUCUCUCUGUUCAGCCACCUCUAACCAGAUCCCUUGACCCCACCUUCUCACCUCCUCAAUUCCUACUCGGCCUUGUGAUGCACCAGAUUGCCCCUCUAUAUGUAAGUUUUUAUGACUCCCCUUUUUGCUCCUAAUUUUCUCAUUUUAAUUGGUGUCCCAUGGGAUUUGAACUGUUUGCCUCAGGGAACAGUUUUGUCAGGUUCACUUCCGAAUCUAAAAUAACUCCAACUAGAUCUCCUCAAUGUCUCUGAUUCUGCAAAGAGAGCACAAUUUUAUCUUCUUUGAACAUUCCUUGGGAUGUAGACUCCUGAUACUUGGAUUCACCAAAGUUGCCUCCUUUUCCCACAGGGCAGUGUUUUACUUCCUGUUCCCAGAGAGGAAACCUAAUGCAGCAACAGUAGCAGCUUGGAGUUGUACUGCAAAUGGAGCCCACACCUCACUGGCCCCAGACUAAAACCAAGCUGACACAUACAUAAGGUUAUAGUGCAGAGUGCGGAUUCCUACUAUACCAGCUUAAAGCCUGCCCUGUCUGUACCUUGGGACCAGUAACUAUUAUACCUCAUCAGAAUGAAACAGGGAUGGAAAGGGUUAAAGUGGAAAAGGUAAAUUGGGAUUAGGUUAGGGUAGUACUUUUUAAGCUAAAUCAGGCAAGAUGGGCUGUGCAGUCCCUUUCUAGACCAGAGAGUUCUACGAUUCUUUGAAAACAUGAGGACAGGUUUCGCAGACUCGACUUGUGUUUACUUACAUGUAGAAUAUUAAGUGUUAUCUAAAGAAUGUGUUUAUGUACCUUAUCAAAUCAUUUAUUCAUCUUGGAGACUAACUAUUCCCCUGUCUGGGGAUUGCAGAACAAGCAGCUGGAACUUGGCCUUUUAGGAGUGAAGUCAGAAACCACUGCUUUGCUCAAAGGGUAGCAGAAAUCUGGGAGUCUCUCCUCCUUAGAGCU